AACAAACGUGUCAAUCAAACUGAACCCCACCAGCACGACAGGAGUGAGAGCUUGGUGUUUACAGAUUAAACAGGGUUUUUUUCUGCAGAAUGGCAGGUUGUUCUGUGUGAUCUGCACGAAAAAAAUGCAGCGUAUGUCUCCUAUUCUAAACAUCUCACUCAGGAAGAGAGGAACGAAGCUUUCGUGUUGCAAACUGAGCUAACCGUUUUUAUUUGAAAUAUUCACGAAUCGUUUUAACUUGUUUUUAGAAAUGAGAACGGCUUUAGUUCUGUUGUAUAUCAUCUCCGGCUGCUGGUUGGUCAGUGGCACACUUUCUAAAACUGAUGCCAAAAAGUCGCAUAAAGCUGAGACAUCUCCGUCAGAGUAUUCUGUGCUGGACAGAGGCCUCGUUGUCUCAGACCCAAACUGGAAAGACAUAGUGAGGGAUGAAAAGGUACACUGCUCUCACAUCAAGAAAAACUUUCCAGGAGCGGUGCUUGGAUACGUCACACCUUGGAACGCUCAUGGAUAUGAUGUUGCCAAAAUGUUUGGUCCCAAACUGACCUCCGUAUCUCCAGUGUGGCUUCAGCUCCGUCGUCGAGGUCGCGAAACCUUCGACGUUACCGGACUCCACGAUCAUGACUCGGGUUGGGUCAAAGCUGUACGGAAAUCAAACAAAAAAGUCAGAAUGGUGCCCAGACUGUUACUCGAUGGUUGGUCUUACCAAGACUACAUGAGCGUGCUGGGAAGUGAGGACGAGAUAGAAGAGCUGUCAAACGAGCUGGUAGAUGUUGCAAAGACUGAGGGUUUUGACGGUUUCACCUUGGAGCUGUGGAGUCAGCUGGGCGGCAACAAGAGAAGGGAGCUGGUGCAUUUUGUGAAACAUGUAUGUGAGACUCUGAAGGCUAAGAAACUCGACUGCAUUCUUGUUAUUCCGCCCCCUGUGACAAGCACGGGACAGCCAGGGAUGUUCGGCAGGGACGACUUUGAGCAGUUGGCCCCGGUGGUUGAUGGAUUCAGCCUCAUGACUUACGACUUCUCCAGCGGUCCAAGUCCAGGCCCCAGUUCCCCUCUGUCCUGGGUGAGAGACUGUGUUCUGCAGCUCGCACCCAACACUCAGUGGAGGGAAAAGAUCUUGUUGGGACUUAAUCUGUAUGGUCUUGAUUUUGCAAGCCAGGGAACAGAGCCAAUCCUGGGAGGAAGGUACAUUGAAAUUUUGCGAGAACAGAGACCCAAACUGGUCUGGGAUGAAAAUUCUUCAGAGCAUCAUUUCAGUUAUAAAAGUGCCAAUGCUGCAAAGCACGUGGUUUAUUAUCCGUCACUUAAGUCAAUCCAUCUACGGAUAUCUUUAGCCGUGGAACUGGGAACUGGGAUUUCCUUAUGGGAGCUGGGACAAGGACUGGAUUACUUCUACGACCUCCUAUGAGAGUUUCGCUUGUUAAUGAAGAAAGUCAUGAGCACAUUCUGUUGAUGUGUUUUUAUUGCUGUGAACCCGAACAUCGGCUGCUGUUUGCAGGAUUGUUUUUCCUGCCAGUUAAAAUAACCUCUGAGAUCAGGGGUUAGUUCGUAAUCACGUUGUUUGGGGGGAGUGAAGAGAACGGAUGAAAGUGGAAUGUGUUUUAAUUGGCUCCAGCGGCAGCUAAAAUGACGUUGAAUUAAAUUUGUACAGACCCACUGAUACUCAACAACGGAAGGUACACGAUCAGUAUCUAUUUAUGUACAUGAAAUAAAAAUGCUUGUUUCAGGCUUUGAAAAUUAAUUUACACCUCUGUAUUCACUUUUGUCACGUUUUCCUUUCAAUCAAGAAAUGUGAUUUUGUUUUUGUCGACAAGUUGGGACGCUUUGUCUUGGUGCCAAAUAUAUCUUCAA